AUGGACGACGACAUCUUCGAGAUAUACAUCAGCGAUUUGAAGUUCACGGAGCCAGCGAGAAUACUGCGAUACAGCACCAAAGCAGAAACAGUCGUGGAGCACGUAGAGCCUGUGCAGGUGCAGGAGCUUCUGACGCUAUUGCGGUCCAAAGAUCAGCAACAGCCAAGGAUCAAGACUGAGGAUACACUAUAUGGAAAUCUUUUGGUCAUUGAAGGUGUCGGCGCGGAGGAAUUGCCCAUACGGAUGGAGCGAGCGGUCUUUCUGGACUUGCUGGCUCACAUGCAGAUUCCACGAAUAUUCGUAAGAUCCAUGACCGACCAUGGUGGCCAUUACUCGACAUUCAUCAAUCACGAAGAGCGAGAUGGCCAACUUCGGCCAGAGUCAAUAUAUUUCAUAGUUGCCACACCAGUUGCAAAGUGGCGGAUGUUCUCGUGUUGUUUGAGAAUCCACCUUGUGAACAGCGAGGUAUCUGGAAUUAUCUUGCAUAGCAAUGUUGGUGCGAUAAAGCGUGUGCCACGUUUGUUUCAGGGCCGACAAAAGGAUCUCGCAAUGUCACCAGUAUCAUUCCUAGUGUUCCUGCUCGAGAUGUUUGGGCUUGAAACUACCCUCCACAGUACUUACCUGGCCGAGGACAUCCGGAAAGCAGAGGAAAAGACAGGAUUCUGGGAAGACAUGAACUCAACCAUAGUCGCUUCGAAGUACGAGCAGCUGAACAAAGACGUAUAUUCAUGCAGAUUGAGACUGUCCAGUUUGCGGCGGUUCACCGACUUCCAACAGGAGUUUGGACAAUUC